GUUAGCAGUACCACGCCAGCAGUGCCACGUCAGCAACAGUGCCACGUCAGCAGUGCCCCGCCACCAUGACGGGCUCAGCUUUGGGCAUGCCAGGCCAACUGGCCAAUGAGUCCAUUGUCGAGUACCGACAGCGUUUCGAAGCUCAGCUCGCACUAAUCGAGGCUGAAGAACAGCGUCAGGCGGCAGCCGAGGCUGCCCGCCUACAAGCUGAAGCGACGACAACAGUUGAAAAGCAGCGGCUUCAAGCCAAAGCCGAAGUAGAUACCCAGGCACGCCGCAAGGAGGCCCAGGAUCUGUUACAGCGGCAUGAAGCCACAAGCAUCGAGCAGCUCAAGUUUUGGCCCUUUAAACCUUCCGAGGAGCACGACGACGCGACACCGGAGGAGCAACAUCGAGUUGACCACGUAGUCGCAAUGCUCGGCGACAUCAGCACCUUCGCUGCACCAGCAACCAUCAGCAAGCAGCUGGACACCUUGAAGACCGAGGUUCACCAACUGCACCAGCUGCCCAACAAGGAUGGCAACAGUCCGCAGCACUACAAGAUGCCGACAUUCCAAAUCGAGAAGUUCGAUGACUAUACGCAUCAAGACCCGGUCCUCUGGUGGGAGGGCUUUGCGACGCAAAUUCGGAUUCUGUUCGUCCCCAACUACUCGUACAUCGGGGCGUUGUUCCUCAACUCAAAGGGCGGAUGCCAAAUCUGGCUGAGCCACCUGGCAACCGUCCACGGCGUCGACGUCGCAGAUCUGAAAGAUAAGAUCUCUCGGCAAGAGUUAACAAGGCUAUGGAAGAAGCGGUUCAUCGUGGACGACGCGCCAGCACUCGCCAUCAACCGCCUCUUCGCUAUGACGCAAGGCAACACAGCAACACAGCAACACGCGACUGGCUCACGGAAUGGCAAAAGAUCGCGGCAACGCCGGAUCUCGAAUUGCCAUUUUCGCAUCUGCGCCGGGAGUUCUACAACCGUACCAACUCCGUUGACGGACGUCGGAGUAGAGGUUGUUGACCUCUACGACUACAUUGCGAAGAUUGACCGCGAGUUCAAGACACAACGAUGGAAGUGGUCAGAGCAUGGGUUGCAGGCAAACUUCGUGAUGAAAACGAGGUUCAGAACUUGAAGAGCAGCUGCUCGGAGUUCUAUUCAGUAAGUGCUCAUUCAAAGUGCAAACAAAAGUUGGCAAGCAGG